AUGGAAUUCUUUGAUGAACUUGCCACCUGGGCUGAAGAAACUAUUGCCCAUCACGAACCGGCUCUGGAACAACAAUAUGAAUACCAUCAAGAGUAUGAACCAUAUGAGGAACCACAACAAUAUCAGGAACCAGAACCCUAUCAUGAACCCGAACCCGAACAAGAACAGAAUGAUGAGCAGCCUGCAGAGGAGGAAGCAGAACAGAAUGAUGAGCAGCCUGCGGGAGAGGGAGAGAAAGAGGAAGGGAGGAGAAGCAGCAAUAGCAAGAAGCAUGUGAAAAGUGUAAUAGCAGCAGCAUCAGCAGCAGCAUUAGGACUUGGAAAAGCCAAGGUGGGUGCUGAGAAGGCCAAGGCAAAGAUCAAGGGUAAAAUCAAUUGGGUCAAAGAUAAGUGCCACCACAAAGACAAUGUCUCCAAGUGA